AUGACCCCUGAUUUAGGUCAAGGAGGCUGCUCCGCACUUGAAGAUAGCAUUGUUUUGGCCAGAUGUUUAAGUGAAGCCCUUUUAGGAAACCAUAAUGGAGGAGCUACAGAGUAUGACAAAAUUAAGAAGGGUUUGGAGAAGUAUUCCAAGGAGAGGAGAUGGAGGAGCUUUCAAUUGAUUGCCACAGCUUAUAUCUCGGGUCGCAUACAACAAAGUGAUGGUGCAAUCAUGGGUUUCUUGAGGGACAAAUUUUUGUCUAGUAUGAUGGCUAGGAUGCUCUUAGAAAGAGCUGAUUUUGAUUUUGGG